GACACGUUGGUCCCGAUCCACAAAGCUGCUGUGACCUCGAGGACUUUGGAGGGCACAGCUGCGUCUCGCCCCAUCCAAGCUGCGCCCCAUGGAGUCUACCUUCAGCAGUCCCGCGGAGGCGGCCCUGCAACGGGAGGCGGGCGUUCCAGGACAGUUCACCCCUCCUGAAGACCUGGACCGAGUGUACGAGCUGGAGCGAGUCACGAGAUUUAUCUGCGAUUUAGGAUGUCAGCGGGUGGCCUUGCAGUUCCCGGACCAAUUACUAGGAGAUGCUGGAGCGGUGGCUGCCCGGCUGGAGGAAGUCACGGGAUCUAAGAUGUUCAUUUUAGGGGACACAGCUUAUGGCAGCUGCUGUGUGGAUGUGCUGGGCGCUGAGCAGGCUGGAGCUCAAGCCCUUGUACACUUUGGUCCUGCCUGCUUGAGCCCCCCAGCCUCCCUGCUGCCCAUCACCUUUGUCCUUGGUCGGCGUCCUGUUGCUUUAGAACUCUGUGCAAAGGCCUUUGAAGCCCAGAACCCAGAUCCCACAGCACUGGUAGUACUGCUGAGUGAGCCAGCCUGUGCCCACGCCCUCGAGCCUUUGGCCACUCUCCUGCGUCCAAAGUACCAAGAUCUGCUCAUCUCCAGCCCAGCUCUGCCCUUGCCAGUGGGGUCCCUGAGCUCACAGCCCGAGUCACUGGAACGUUUUGGGAGACGCUUCCCCCUGAACCCAGGGAGAAGUCUGGAAGAAUAUGGCGCCUUCUAUGUGGGGGCUUCUCAAGCAAGCUCUGACCCCAACCUUGAUCCGGAUCUGAGCAGAUUGCUCUUGGGGUGGACACCAGGACGGCCCUUCUUCUCCUGUUGUCCAGACACAGGACAGACACAAGACCAGGGUGCCAAGGCUGGGAGACUAAGAGCACGAAGACUGUAUCUUGUAGAGAGGGCCAGAGAUGCCCGUGUGGUAGGGCUGCUGGUGGGCACAUUAGGUGUGGCUCAACACCUGGAGGCGCUGGCACACUUGCGGAAACUGACCGAAGCUGCUGGGAAACGUAGCUAUGUGUUAGCCCUGGGGAAGCCCACACCUGCCAAGCUUGCCAACUUCCCCGAGAUGGAUGUCUUUGUGCUGUUAGCAUGUCCUCUGGGAGCACUAACCCUCCAGCCUUCGGGUGGCUUCUUCCGGCCUAUAUUGACACCAUGUGAGUUGGAGGCCGCCUGCAACCCUGCCUGGCCCCCUCCAGGCCUGGCUCCCCACCUCACCCAUUAUGCAGAGCUGUUGCCUGGCUCUCCCUUCCAUGUGCCACUCCCACCACCUGAGUCAGAGUUAUGGGACACCCCAGAUGUGUCGCUCAUUUCUGGGGAGCUCCGACCGCCACCUCCUUGGAAGUCGUCAGAUGACACUAAGUGUUCUGCCCUAACUCCAAGGCCCCAGCUGGAGCUGGCCGAGAGCAGCCCUGCGGCUUCAUUCCUUAGUUCCCGGAGCUGGCAGGGGCUGGAGCCCCGCUUGGGCCAGACACCAGUGAAAGAAGCUGUCCAAGGGAGACGAGGUAUUGCCAUUGCCUAUGAAGAUGAGGGAAGCAGCUGAUCACCGUGUGUGGCCAGAGUCGCAGAGUGAUGAGUCAGCUGGUGCUUGUUCUCCCUAAACCAGCUUCUCUUCUCACUGGGAUACUUGAUGCCUAGACAGAGGGAGUGUAGGUAGCUUCUCCCUGAGGAGCUGUCUAGCCUGUGCUGGUGCUGACUCAGCACAUCAGUGCAGUAAAUGCCUGUACGACUGGUGGGCGGGGAGGGGGCUCAGGAAGGGGUCCCAGGGCCCUCCUGGACCCAACUGUCAGCAGUCCAGGACUGUGGCUGUCCCAGUUCCUGGUAUACAGGAGUAGUUCUGCCCUUGGUCAGGGGCAGGAGUGGAUGAUCCAGACCAUGGUUCUUCUACCUCAGCACUGUUAACAGUUCGGGUAGAAUAAUUCUUUAUUUCAGAGGCUAUUCUGUAUAGAGAAGGAUGUUUAGGUUCAGCUGACAGAAGCACCUCCCUUCCUCCCUCCCCGUCCCCCCAGCUAGAUAACGCAGAUUAUCUAGAUGUUGGCAGAUGUCAUGUAACUGCUCCUGAUUGAGAACCACUGGUCUAGACCUGCACUGUCCAAGACAGUAUUCAUUGGACACAUGGCCUUUACCAUUAAAGUGAAUGAAAAACUG